ACAGUGAUGUAAUACAGAAGCCGAAAACUGAACAUAUCGGGUCAUCAAUUAGCUACUGGGCUUUUUCUCUCAUGUUUCGAAAAUCAAAACCCUAAUUUUAUAAACCCUAAAUUUUCACCUAUAAUAAUAUAAAACUUCGCCGCUCUGAGAAACCCUCUUAGCCGCUCUAACAAAUCUCUUCGCAGUUUCUCUAAAAUGGGUCCUCCUACUAGAGGUCGUGGUGGGUUCAGAGGUGGAAGAGGUGGAGACAGAGGAGGUAGAAGUUUUGGUGGGGGAAGAGGCGGUGGAAGAGGUGGUGAUAGAGGUACCCCUUUUAAGGCUAGAGGUGGAGGCAGAGGAGGUGAUAGAGGUAGAGGAGGUCGCGGAGGCCGUGGUGGUGGUGGUGGUAGAGGAGGUGGAAUGAAGGGAGGUAACAAGGUUAUUGUCGUGCCUCAUAGACAUGAUGGUAUUUUCUUUGCUAAGGGUAAGGACGAUAUUCUUCUUACUAAGAAUCUUGUUCCUGGAGAAACUGUUUACAACGAGAAGAGGCUUACUGUUCAGAAUGAGGAUGGUACAAAGGUUGAGUAUAGAAUUUGGAAUCCUUUCCGUUCUAAGUUGGCUGUUGCUGUCCUUGCUGGGGUUGACAACAUAUGGAUUAAACCUGGCGCUAAAGUUCUUUACCUAGGAGCUGCUUCAGGAACAUCUGUCUCUCAUGUGUCUGAUAUUGUUGGUCCGACUGGAAUUGUCUAUGCAGUAGAGUUCUCCCAUCGUAGUGGCCGUGAUUUGGUCAAUAUGGCAAAGAAGCGUACCAAUGUUAUUCCUAUUAUUGAAGAUGCUAGACAUCCAGCCAAGUACAGAAUGUUGGUUAGCAUGGUAGAUGUCAUAUUUUCUGACGUUGCUCAGCCUGAUCAGGCAAGAAUUCUAGGUUUGAAUGCUUCAUAUUAUCUCAAAGCUGGAGGUCAUUUUGUUAUUUCUAUCAAGGCCAAUUGUAUUGAUUCUACAGCCCCUGCUGAUGCAGUCUUCGAAAGUGAAGUGAACAAGUUGAAGGCAGAUCAAUUUAAGCCAAUGGAGCAAGUGACUCUUGAACCAUUUGAGAGGGACCAUGCUUGUGUUGUUGGUGGUUACAGAAUGCCUAAGAAGAAGAAAGUUGCAGAGUAACAUGGACUACUUACUGCCUUGUCAACUGAUGUUGUGUAACUUAGGAUUUUAUUUCAGCUUUGUUUGAAUGAAUACUGCCUUGUCAACUGAUGUUGUGUAACUUAGGAUUUUAUUUUAGCUUUGUUUGAAUGAAUACUCUCUGAUGUACUCCAAUGCGAUGCUUAUGAUAAAUUAUGUGGUUUAUGUUUGCGAA